AUGGCUCACGAAGCGGAGCUCGCCUUUUUCAAGCACUUGCUUCCGGUGGGGAGCCAGCAACAGCAGACUGGGUCGGUGCAGAUGGAGACGAAGGGCCCAAACAAGAGAGCAAGGACGGAGAUCAACCGCAGUCACAAGGGCCGGGGCAAGGGCCACAGACAGCAAGCCAAUCGGAAACCCAAAGAUGGGCAGGAUCAGAGCCGCGACCUUCAGAAGUUGGUCGAGGCCACGGCAAAGCUCACCCUGAAGUUGGCGGACGCGCAGCAGGUUCUUCUUCAGGACUGUGGCCUUACAUGGUUCGUCAGCGCGGAGCCGGGAGGCAUACUUCCCACGAUGUUUGGCGUGAGCUCGGAGUGGAGAAAACUGCAGGAGACCAGCCCGCACCUGAUCACAAGCCCGCUGCCGACCCUCAUGAUGAGCUGCGUUCUGGAAGAGCUGGUUGCGAGGAUGCGGAAAACAGUGGCGGAGGAGGCCAUGCAAAAGUCGGCGCUCCAGGCGGGCUGGUGCACGGAAGCGGGCACAUGGCUUUACAAGCGCUGGGGCCCAGUCAAGAAGGACCUGGUGGCGGCCAAGACGACUCCGCUUGCCCUGUCCGAUCUGGAGACCAUAGUGAAGGAGAUCCAGGCAGACAUCCAG